GGUGUCUAUAUGCCGCACAUUUCUUUGACAUUGCACUAAUAAAGGAUCCUCGCAACUUCAAUGCAGCCUAACAAGUAUCAGCCACCACGAUGUUCAGCACUGACAGACUUAUCCUGCGUCAAUUCGAGGAGUCUGACCUGGACGAUAUGCUCCGUAUGCGUAACCAAGCUGAAGUACGCAGGGUACUUUCCUAUGGCUAUCUUGUACCCUCUUCUCCAUCCUUCGAGCAAACUAUGCGUCAAUGGGUUGACAAUGCAUUAAUAUUCUUGAUCAUUACUCUGAGGGAGUCUGGCGAAUAUCUUGGGGAUUGCAGACUUGACAUGGAGACCUCUAAGAAUCGCAAUGGCAGACUCGCGAUUUCUCUACUGCAGGAACAUCAAGGGAAAGGUUAUGGUGAAGAAGCAUUACGGUUUCUCAUCGAUCACGCAUUCAAACAAUUGGCGUUGCAUCGUAUCUCAUUGGAGGUCUUCCAACCUAACGUGAAGGCAAUCAAGCUGUAUCGAAAGUUAGGGUUCGUAGAGGAAGGCAGGGUGCGCGAUGGACUUUGGAUGGACGGUGGUUGGCAGGACAUCAUUGCGAUGGGCAUCCUCGACAGGGAAUGGAAACAGCAAUAAUGGGUUGUCGAUAGCCUGGUAAUAUAUGUCGUCAUUACUCAGCCCUCUAUCAGGUACAUCAAACCGAAAAUAUGUCUCCCCGAGAAAGUUUUCCGC